CUGUCUUCCAGAAAUUUGCCGAAAUGCAAAUAUAUGCGCAGUAUGUUUUUGCCUUACGUCGAAUCGAUCCCGUCACCAAUGCUAUCGCCGCCAAGAAGGAGAAGCAGAUGGGAGGUGCUUCCACCGAGCAGUCCAAACUGUGGCAAAAGGGCGAAUGCGCAUAUAAUCGCGCCAUUUAUGGCGAGCAGAUGGGAUGGAUAACAAUUGCGCCCUCACCAACUCCGUGGGCGGUACUCCCAGGGCUUCCUCGGAGGGGCUCUCGUACGUCGCCAUUUUCCACUGCGUCUCUGUUGCUUCCGAUACCUGGUCUCGUGCCCGGAUUUAUACCACCACCAGGCUGGCGCCUCUCCUACGAGCAAUUCUCCGGUCUGCAGGCUCACGGUACGAUAGCCAGCGACGAAGUCUGGAGCGGAAUGAUGCCAUUGCCCGCCAUGCUGAACCCUGCUCUUAGUGGCAUAGGCUUUGCGCAAGUGCCUGUGGGAGAUCUGAUCAGCGGGCAUGCCACGAUGUUCGGCAAUGAACGCCUAAGUUUCUUGCAUGUGCCGGCAGACGGAGAGCAAUCGACACAAUCAGAUGCACAGGAAUUGCACAACGGCAGCUUCCGAGCAGUCAAUCGUACGAACGGACGCAUGAAACAGUCGGUGUUGUCUGCUUCCGAGAUUAAUAGUAGGAGUCGAGUAUCUCGUAGGAAGACCGAAGUCGCGAAGAGCAGUGGCUCUGGAGAGAGCAGCUAGUGGCUAAUGGAUCAUCCAUGCAAGGGGCGGAGAAUGCGAUGACGAUUGCGUGGAGGACAAGGCAAUUUGGUGUAAUAUUUGAAGGAAUUGGUUUCAGCAACCGUGAUCUAGCAACACCACAUUGUACGAAGUAAUGAGAUGAUACCUUUAGCGCCC